AUGCCUGCACAGCGCUCUCAUGCCCUGCCAGGGCUGCAUCAGUUCCAAGUGGAGUACGCCCUGGAGGCCGUUCGCAAGGGCGCACUGGCAGUGGGCGUGCGCGGCGGCGACACAGUUGUUCUAGGUGUGGAGAAAAAGUCGACAGCGCGUCUGCAGGACGCACGCACCGUGCGCAAGAUCGUGCGUGUGGACGACCACAUCUGCCUCGCGUUUGCUGGGCUCACAGCCGAUGCGCGCGUGUUGGUCAACCGCGCGCGGAUUGAGGCGCAGUCGUACCGUCUGACCCUGGACGAGCCUAUCAGCAUAGACUACCUCACCAAGUACAUCGCGGGGGUGCAGCAGCGCUACACGCAGUCGGGGGGCGUGCGGCCCUUUGGCAUAUCCACCCUCAUCGUUGGCUUCGACCCGCUUGGCGCGCCGGCGUUGUACCAGACCGACCCCAGCGGCACCUACAGCGCCUGGAAAGCCAAUGCGAUCGGUCGCAACUCCAAGACGAUUCGCGAAUUCCUCGAGAAGCACUACACGGAGACCAGCGGGCGCGACACCAUCAAGCUCGCCAUCCGCGCGCUGAGCGAGACUGUGGAGGCCGGCAGCAAGAACAUAGAGAUCGCCGUCAUGGAGCGUGAUACUGGGCUGCGGCUGCUGGGGGAUGAAGAGCUGGACGCCUUGGUGGCGGAGGUGGAGGCAGACAAGGCUGCAGCGGAGGCUGCCAAGAGGGGCGGUGGCGGCGGUGCGACGGGCGGCGGCGCAGGGCCCAGCAGCUGA